UUGAGGAAAGGGGAAAGCCAGGUAGCUUCGUCGGUGGUGGCUCUACGCCCACCUCUGCCGCCGGCGAGCAAAUUGGCGACCCCACGGUGCCGCCAGAACCUUUCUACCCGACCUCGUCAGCCUGGAAAUGAGAGUUUCAGCUGGAUGAGCUUGAGUUUGGAGGAUGUUGAAAUGGCGAAGGCUAAAAAGGGAAAAAAGGAAGAUCAGAGAGGUGGAGAUAACAGUAACACAGAGGCGGUUGUCAAGCACCAGAAGCUCUGCCUGUCCAUCGAUAUGGAAAACCGUCGUAUCUACGGGUAUACAGAACUACGUAUAGUUAUACCCGACAAUGGAAUUGUGGGCUUGCAUGCGGAUAAUUUGGCAAUUGAGAAGGUUACCGUUGACGGGGACCCAGCAGAAUUUGAAGUCUUCCCUCAUUAUCAGUAUCUGGACCCAAAGGAUAGAUGGUGUGUUGUUUCCUCAGCCACUUCAGCUGCUGAUGCUUCCGGGUCUGUGUAUUUGUCAUCCCUCGAGAUUGAUUUACUACCGAAUUUGCUAAUAAUGUGUAGCAAGACCAGUAAAACAGACGACAAGCAAGAAGAAAGCAUGCAGAUGGAUGAUGGGGAACCAUUAUCUGCUGAUGUUAGCAGGGAAGUACAGAAUGUGAAAAAUGUACGCAUCGAGUAUUGGGUAGAGAAGACAGGAACUGGAAUUCAUUUUAGUGACAAUGUCUUGCAUACGGAUAACCAGUUGAGGCGUGCACGGUGCUGGUUUCCUUGCCUGGAUGACAAUUCACAGUGUUGCUGCUAUGACUUGGAAUUUACUGUGGACAGUAACUUUGUGGCAGUUAGCUCUGGAACUUUACUUCAUCAGGUUUUGACCAAGGAUGACCCCCCACGGAAGACAUAUGUUUACAAAUUAGAUGUUCCUGUUGCUGCUCACUGGAUAGCUCUAGCAGUUGCUCCAUUUGAAAUCCUUCCGGAUCGACAUGGCGGUCUGCUGUCGCACUUCUGUCUACCGCCUAACCUGUCAAAGUUGCGAAAUACAAUGGUGUUUUUCCAUAAUGCUUUCAGCCACUAUGAGGAUUACCUCUCUUCCUCGUUUCCAUUUGGAUCAUACAUGCAAGUUUUUCUCGCUCCUGAGAUGACAUUAUCCUCCUGGAGUUUGGGAUCUUCUAUAAGUAUUUUCAGCUCUCACCUGCUGUUUGAUGAGAAGAUCAUUGAUCAGAAUAUAGAGACAAGAAUUCGACUUGCUUAUGCCCUUGCCAGACAGUGGUUUGGAGUAUAUAUCACUCCUGAAGCUCCAACUGAUGAAUGGUUGUUGGAUGGUCUUGCUGGGUUUCUUACCGAUUCUUAUAUCAAGAGGUUCCUGGGAAACAAUGAAGCACGUUAUAGAAGAUAUAAGUCUAACUGCGCUGUUUGCCAAGCAGAUGAUAGUGGUGCCACAGCCUUGAGCUCUGAACUUGCCUGUAAAGAUUUGUAUGGAACCCAAUGUAUUGGGUUUUAUGGAAAAAUAAGAUCAUGGAAAUCUAUUGCUGUCCUUCAAAUGUUGGAAAAGCAGAUGGGUCCUGAGUCCUUUCGUAAAAUUCUACAAAAUAUUGUUCUGAGGGCUCGAGAUCCAAACCGUUCCUUGAGAACUCUAAGCACCAAAGAGUUCCGACACUUUGCUAAUAAAAUUGGGAAUCUCGAGCGCCCAUUUCUAAAGGAGUUUUUUCCUCGCUGGGUUGGAUCUUGUGGCUGUCCAGUUUUGAAGAUGGGAUUCUCCUAUAACAAAAGGAAAAAUAUGGUAGAAUUAGCUGCAUUGCGGGGAUGCACGUCUAGACCUGAUUCCUGGGUCGGUGUUGAUAAUAUCAAUCCCGAUUCUGAAAACCCAGAAGGUGGUGUUGGCUGGCCUGGAAUGAUGAGUAUAAGAGUCCAUGAGCUUGAUGGUAUGUAUGAUCAUCCAAUUUUACCAAUGGCUGGUGAACCAUGGCAACUGCUAGAAAUUCAAUGCCAUUCAAAACUUGCUGCAAAGCGCUUCCAAAAACCAAAGAAGGGCUUCAAGAAUGAUGGCUCUGAUGAUAACGGUGAUGCUGUGGUCACCACGGAUGUGCGAGUAAAUUCUGAAUCUCCCCUACUGUGGCUCCGUGCGGACCCUGAAAUGGAAUAUCUUGCUGAAAUACAUUUUAAUCAACCAGUUCAAAUGUGGAUCAAUCAAUUGGAGAGGGACAAAGAUGUUGUUGCUCAGGCGCAAGCCAUAGCAGUAUUAGAAGCACUGCCACAGCAUUCAUUUUCUGUGGUUAAUGCUCUGAUUAACUUUCUCAGUGAUUCCAAGGCUUUCUGGAGAGUCCGUAUUCAGGCUGCAUAUGCUCUGGCCACUACCACAUCCGAGGACACCGAUUGGACUGGCUUAUUUCAUCUGAUCAACUUCUAUAAGAGUCGGAGAUUUGACCCAAACAUUGGUCUUCCCAGGCCAAAUGAUUUUCAUGAUUUCCAGGAGUACUUUGUACUUGAGGCAAUCCCACAUGCUGUGUCUAUGGUUAGAUCUACGGAUAAGAAAAGCCCUAGAGAAGGUGUUGAAUUUAUAUUACAACUCCUGAAGUACAAUGAUAACAGUGGGAAUGCAUACUCGGAUGUUUUUUGGGUAGCUGCAUUAGUUCAGUCGGUUGGUGAACUUGAAUUUGGACAGCAGAGCAUCACCUACUUACCAUCCCUUCUGAAACGACUUGAUCGUCUUUUGCAAUUCGACAGGUUAAUGCCAAGCCACAAUGGAAUUUUGACAAUCAGUUGCAUCCAGUCACUGACCCAAAUGGCACUCAAACUAUCAGAGUUCAUUCCUCUUGUAAGACAAACCAAAUUGGGUAUCUGUGCCUUGCGAUUAUCGCAGAUGUCUAAUCAAUCAGAUUGUGACAGUGAAGUUACAAGCGACACUCUUGUAACUCUCUUGCGCUUGCUCGAGAGCCCACUGGCUUUCAACAAUGUUACCCUUCGGCACUACAUUUUCUGCAUCUUGCAAGUUCUUGCUAGAAGGUCUCCAACACUUUAUGGGGUCCCAAGAGACGAGACUCUAAGGAUGGGGCACUUGAAAACGUGCAGCGAACUCAAAAACAUUUUUGCUGCUCUCAUCAACCAAUCAAAAGCUCCAGCCGAGCCUUCUUGUCCACCCGAUCUUCCUCACAACCUCUUGGUUCCGGAAAAUUACUCGGAAAUGAACACUAAUCCCGAAAAUCACGAUUCAACUUAUGCAGUAACAACUACUCCUGCGCCCGACGUGUCAGUUGUUCCGCCCGCUCAACACCCAGCAGAUGACAUGCCACUAAUUAUCCACGCUCAACAAUCACCACACGCUCCUCCUGAAGAGACCCCGGUACAAAACAAUAACCCAGUUAUAUACUCUACUGAAGAAAUUCAAAAUAUCACACCUGAAAAACCAGUCAACCAAAUCACAGACUCCUUCCAAGAUGCUAGCAUAGACCCCCAGCCUCCCCCAAAAGCAGACGACCCUCUAUUACCCCUCCAUCAAGAAAUCGGACCAGUCUUUUCUGACAAUGCCCCCAAAAAUUUGGCCACUGAAAAACCAGCUAACGAACCUGAAAAGAAGCCGAAGCUCAAAAUAAUAAGGGUCAAACAGUCCGGCCCAACAGUUCGCCCCCUUGAAGGGCCCGAAAGCUCCAGAGCCAUGAACGCUCAGAGUGGCGGGCCCCAUGAGGCUGAUCUCGGGCCUAGCAGUUCAGUCUCAGUUGAUGCUCCACAUAAUAAUACUAACGUUAACAACAAUAACCAAAAUUUGGAGGACGUUAACUCGUGCCAGGAUGUCGGUUCGAGAGUUACCGCCGCCAGCAUAGGCAGCGCUGCUAAGCCAGCGGCCGACGGCGAAGAGCAGCUCGUGCGGGAACUCCAAUGCACUGCGGACUCGAGCAAAAUCGACCCUUGCCCACAGACGAGUGCAUAUGAUGAUGGUAAAAGGGAGAAAAGGGACAAGGAGAAGAAGAAAAAGGAUAAGGAAAAGAAGCGGAAAAGGAAUGGACAUGAUGAGGAUCCGGAGAGGAUUGAAAGGAAGCGGCUGAAGAAGGAAAAGAAGCGCAAGGAGAAGGAAUUGGCGAAGCUGCUGGCGGCCAAACCGGGUGCUUCCGUGCCUCCUGUAGCUGAAUUGCCAGGUGGCGAGAGGGGAGUGGCCGGUGCUGGGCAAGAAGAAACGAAGUCUACAGUACCUGAGCCGGCUGCUUCUCCAUCGAGAGAGAUGGGUAAGGCGGAUGUUGUGCUGAAUGAGCCAAGUAAAUCGGAUGUGGCUGUUGAAAAAAAUGGUGGCGAUGUAAAUAAGCAGACGAGUGGGCCACUGAAUUCGGUUGUGAACAAAGUAGAUGGUGAGGUGAAUGCGAAUCUGAAUCUGAAUCUGAAUCUGAAUCUGAAUCAGAAUCCGAAUCCCAAUCCACCGAGUGCUCCUUCUCAUAAGAUCAAAAUCAAGUUUAAGAAUCGGACGCUUGGUUUUGGGUUUCACCCUACUGAGGAUGGAUUGGUUUCUUUCUAUUUGCAGCAUAAGCUUAACAACAUUAAGCCUGAGAUCAACAACAUUAUUCCAGUUCUCGAUAUUUAUGAUCAUCAUCCAUCCGAUCUCCCGAAAUUCGGUGGAGAUUACAUUCCUGAGGACGGGGAGCAGUGGUUCUUUUUCAAUCCAAGGCCCAAAAGGGAAGCCCGUGGAGGAAGGCCCAACAGGCUCACGGCCCAAGGCUACUGGAAAGCAACGGGCUGCCCUGGUGACGUGUACUCUUCCCAGAACAAUCGUGUGAUUGGUCGGAAAAGGAGCAUGGUUUUUUACGUUGGGCGAGCACCGUAUGGGAAGAAAACCAUGUGGAAAAUGAUCGAGUACAAGUCUGUUCGAGCUGCAGCACCUUCAUCAUCAUCAUCAUCAUCUAGUGCAGCUCCUCAGGUACCACAUUUAUGA